GCCAUGAACGAGAUCCUGGUUCAGGCCGGGGGAAGUAUGAGCAGCUGGAUUCUCAACCGCGCCAUCUACUCCGCCACCAGUUUCCGCGGAGGCCAAGCUCAAGUCAUCCAGCGCCUCAUCCAGGUCAGGGCGGACGUGAACCAUAAGUAUCCUUUGAAAGCGGUGUCCCUGCAUGCGCUGUACUUGGGGGUGAAGGGCAUGCAGCACCGUUUCGGCAGGGUCACCAACAGCACGAGGCAGUGCUACCACGCCUGGGGUGCGACUCCGCUCAUGGCCGCACUACUGUCCGCGCAGUAUGAGGGUGCGGCGGCGCUCAUCGCGGCGGGGGCACGGAUCGACUUGCGGAAUGCACGCGGCUGCACCGCCGCCGAGCUUGUACGAGAGCAGGUCCUGCCACGUUUCCUCGUGGAGGCGCUGCAGGGGAGGCCGCAAGAGUGCCAAGACAUCACUGAUAUGAUCCUGGCCGGCAAGACCUCCGAGGUGUGA